AUGUCGUCCGGUUUUGUCUCCGGAGGCACCUUGGACGAGCCAGUCGAGCGCGACGAUGAGUGGCGUCGCGUACAGCACGAGCUCGAAGAAGAAAGGCGCCAAAAGGCCGAGCUUGGCAAUCAGGAUGGCGGGAAGAGCCUGUACGAGGUCUUGCAGCAGAACAAGAGUAAGCAUCCAAAGGUGAUGCCGUUGCCGCGAGUAGUGGCCAAGCAAGACGCAUUUGAAGAAUCAAUCCGGCUGAAAAACCAGUUUCGGUCUCUGGAUGAGGAUGAAGUCGAGUUUCUCGACUCUGUAUUGGAGUCUACUCGCGCCCAAGAGGCCGCGGUGAAGAAGGAAACUGCCGAGCAACUGGCCGAGUUCCACCGUCAGCGCGAGGAAGUCGAACGGUCUUUGCUGGAUGAUCCAUCUAGCGAAAAGCCUGGCCCUGGUGGCAGUGUCAAAUCUCCGGUUGAAGAGGAGCAAUGGGCUAGAUCCGGAAAGAAACGAAAGCGUAAUAAGAAGGACCUCUUGUUCCCCACCAAGGCUCGCAAGUCGUCUGCUGGGGAGGAUGUUGCUGCUGAGGUAGCACCCAAGGCCACGGACGAGACAGUAAAGAAAGGAAACACUCUAGCCACAAUCUCAUCGACAAAGGCAGAUCUGCCACUAUCCAAAAGGGCGGAAGGAACUACCACUACUGAAACCGACAGCAAAAAAGAAAGUGAAGCCAUGGAGAAAAAGCCCGCACCGAAACACGAGGAACCCCCGCAGAAAACACAGCCUGCAUCGUCCCUGGGUUUGGUAGCGUAUGGGUCAGAUGAUGACUCUGAUUGA